AUGGUUAAUACACUAGAUGCAACUUUUACGCGGGGGAGUGCAUGGAAACCCGAUCUGUUUAAAGGAAAGGUAGUAUUUGUAACAGGAGGUGCCGGUACGAUAUGUCGAGUCCAGACUGAAGCACUGGUCUUGUUGGGUUGCAAAGCAGCAAUUGUAGGAAGAAGCAAGGAUCGCACCAUCAAGGCCGCUGAAGAGAUAUCGCAGCUGAGUUCAGAGGGGUGUGUUCUUCCCAUAUGCAACAUUGAUGUGAGAAAUUUCAAGCAAAUGGAAGACGCUGUAAAGCAGGCGGUACAUGCAUUUGGUCGCAUUGAUUACGUUAUAGCGGGUGCAGCAGGAAAUUUUAUCUGUGAUUUUGCGCAUUUAUCAGCAAAUGCCUUCAAGACUGUUGUGGAUAUUGAUCUGUUGGGGAGUUUUAAUACAGUAAAAGCAUGCUUUGAUGAGCUUUUGAAAAAUCGAGGGUCUAUCAUUUUUGUCUCGGCGACGCUUCACUACUAUGGGGUUCCUUAUCAAUCCCAUGUGGGUGCCGCCAAGGCUGGCAUCGACGCGCUAUCUAACGCACUAGCGGUAGAAUUAGGGCCGAUGGGUGUGCGCUCCAACUGUAUCGCACCUGGACCAAUUGAAGGAAGUGAAGGUGUGAAAAGACUUAUCACCAAGCAGUAUGCCGAAAAUUCCAGGAAAAUGGUACCUUUGCAAAGGUUGGGUACCACAAGGGACAUUGCAGAAGCAACCGUUUUUUUGUUGUCACCUGCAUCAUCAUAUGUCAACGGUGCUAUACUCGUUGUUGAUGGAGGCUCGUGGCAUGUGGGGACACACUUCUCUCACAACAUGUAUCCUGACAAAUUGGUCAAAGGCAUGAAAUCAAAAUUAUAG